CGCCCCCGCGCCCCACAGGCAUUAUUAGUACAGUGGUUAAAGAGAAAGGCAAUCAGAACUUUAGAGAUGUAGGUACUGUUCAGCUCAGAGUCGUGGAUAGGGAAUCCACCUGGCCUCCGAAACCUUUAACCACGCUGUUCCGGUCUCAGCGGCUAGUGGUCAGCCCGCGUCUGCACAGGAAGGAAAGUUCGGACACUCCUCAACGACCCAGGGUGCCCCUAGAGACAAGGCAUCGGGACGUGGGACAGAGUGGAGGGAGUCAGAGACAAUGCGAGUUGCGGGUGGCAGCAGCGGCGCUCCGGAUCCGUCGCCCUCGGGUUCCCUUGAGCUGCGGGACAGAGCGACUCGGAAGAGGAGCGCAAGCGCCUUCCUGCCGCUCCAGCAGCCGCGCGGGAGGCGCGCGCGCAUCCACCCGGCGGGGGGCCAGCGAGCUAAGGCCGGGACUCGAGCAGCUCAGCCUGAAGUACAGACCAAAGCGCGAGACUCGGAGAGGCAAGACCCAACCCCAAACGCACGCGGUGCGGACAGCCUGGUCCAGGGCAUCCCAGCCGGUAGCCUCGAACCCGACUCCCAGUUGCGCCGUGUUCCCAGUGACAAGUUUGCCUCGCGCCGGCCAAGUUGCGAGUGUGGAGCUUAUCCCGGGCUCCGGGAAGAAUGUUCCAGUUCCUGGCUCGGACUGGUCUGGGUAUGGCCGGGCCAGGGGCCUCGCUGCAUUUCUGGGGGUGGCUGUUGCUCGGCUGCUGCAUUCUCGCCGGAGCCCAGCUGGAUUCUGAUGGCACCAUCACUAUAGAGGAGCAGAUUGUCCUUGUGCUGAAAGCUAAAGUGCAGUGUGAGCUCAACAUCACAGCCCAGCUCCAGGAAGGAGAAGGAAACUGUUUCCCAGAAUGGGAUGGACUCAUCUGUUGGCCUAGAGGAACGGUGGGGAAAACAUUGGCUGUCCCAUGUCCUCCUUAUAUUUACGACUUCAAUCAUAAAGGAGUUGCUUUCCGACACUGUAACCCCAAUGGAACAUGGGAUUUUAUGCACAGUUUAAAUAAAACAUGGUCUAAUUAUUCAGACUGCCUUCGCUUUCUGCAACCAGAUAUCAACAUAGGAAAGCAAGAGUUCUUUGAACGCCUCUAUGUCAUGUACACUAUCGGAUACUCUGUCUCCUUUGCAUCCCUGGCUGUGGCUAUUCUCAUCAUUGGUUACUUCAGACGACUGCAUUGUACUAGGAACUAUAUCCACAUGCAUUUAUUUGUGUCUUUCAUGCUGAGAGCUGCGAGCAUCUUUGUCAAGGACAGAGUGGUCCAUGCUCACAUAGGAGUAAAGGAGCUGCAGUCCCUGAUAUUGCAGGAUGACCUACAAAGCUCCAUAGAAGUGCCUGCUGUGGACAAAUCACAAUAUAUUGGGUGCAAGAUGGCUGUUGUGAUGUUUAUUUACUUCUUGGCUACAAACUACUAUUGGAUUUUGGUGGAAGGUCUCUAUCUGCAUAGUUUAAUCUUUGUGGCAUUCUUUUCGGACACCAAGUACCUGUGGGGCUUCACCUUGAUAGGCUGGGGGUUCCCAGCGGCUUUUGUGACAGUCUGGGCUGUGGCACGAGCAACUCUGGCUGAUGCAAGAUGCUGGGAACUUAGUGCUGGAGACAUCAAGUGGAUUUACCAAGCCCCAAUAUUAGCAGCUAUCGGGCUGAAUUUUAUCCUGUUUCUGAAUACCGUUAGAGUUCUGGCUACUAAAAUCUGGGAGACCAAUGUGGUUGGGCAUGACACCAGAAAACAAUACAGGAAACUCGCCAAAUCCACACUGGUGCUGGUCCUGGUCUUUGGUGUGCAUUACAUCGUGUUCGUGUGUCUGCCCCAUUCCUUUGCGGGGCUGGGGUGGGAGAUUCGGAUGCACUGUGAGCUCUUUUUCAACUCCUUUCAGGGUUUCUUUGUGUCUAUUAUCUACUGCUAUUGCAAUGGAGAGGUUCAGUCUGAGGUGAAGAAGUUGUGGAGUCGGUGGAAUCUCUCCGUGGACUGGAAAAGGACGCCCCCGUGCGGCGGCCACAGAUACGGCUCCGUGCUGACGCACAGCAGCAGCAGUCAGUCGCAGAUGGCGGCCAGCACGCGCAUGGGGCUCAUCUCAGGCAAAGCACCCAAGAAGGCCAGCCGACAGCCCGACAGCCACGUGACUUUACCUGGCUACGUCUGGAGUAACUCGGAGCAGGACUGCCUACCACAAUUGAUCCAUGAAGAGACCAAGGAAAGUGGCGGGAGGCAGGGAGAUGAGAUUCUAAUGGAGGAGUCUUCCAGGCCAUUAGAAUUUAGCACAGGCCUGGAAGGAAGCAAAGGAGAAACCGAGGAUGCUCUGUGAAUCCAUAUCUGUGUCUUUGAAGAGCUGGUUCAUCUCGUUGUGUUAGAGGAGCUUGGCCUGUAUCCCGCUGCUUAGCCCCAGAGCGGAUCAGUCAGGGCUCCAGUUUUCACAGCCCAUUUUCAGGCGCCAUGAAUUGCCUCCUGUAAAUACUAAAGCCACAAAACGAGAAAGUCAGUGGAGCAGUUUAUUACCAUAUUUUGGCAUCAAAUUCUUUUCUGAAUUAAUGUACAGUACUUGCUCUGUGAUGUUCAUUCUUCUGCUCCUUUUGGGUAGAGAAACAUUUCCAUUGCUUGGUUCUAGUUUUCUCUUGUAAAUAUCACUCUAAAUAUGAUAGAGAUCAUUUGGUAUGUGACAUUUGCCUUUAAACAGAUCAGUGUUCUCUUUUCCACUUUAAGGGACUUCUAUCAUUCCAUUCAUUUUGUCAGUGCAUAGAAACAAUUAGGGUCUAAAAAUGUACAUUGAAAGAUUAAAGAUCGCAGAACAAGUACACACUGGAAGAUAAGUUGUCUGGAUUUUGUUAAAAUAAUAAAUGUGUGAGAAACUUGUUUCAUUCUAGGAAAAAGGGAAAUUAUUCAGAAAAGAAUAUUGCACAUAUUCCUUCUUUUGAAUGUCCCCUCUGUGACCAGCCAAAUCUCAAGUCUUCACUCUCUUGUAAACCUUAACACUCUUGUAAACGUUAACACUCUUGUAAACCUUAACACAAGGUUUUCUUGGCCAGUGAGCUUAUGUCUGCAAACAGAUUUUGUUUGUAAUCAUUUAUAGUGAUGGUCACACUGAAUUUAUUAUUUUUUCUUUGUUCUAUUACUGUAUUCCAAAUGGCAUGUGGGAUAAAUUAAAGUUUGUUUUAAAAAUA